AUGGCUUUAAAACCUUAUUUAAAUGCUGUUAGGCAUACUCUGAAUGCAGCCUUAUGUGUUCAAAAUUUCUCAUCACAAGUUGUUGAACGUCAUAAUAAACCUGAAGUAGAAGUUAAAACAUCUAAAGAACUCUUACUGAAUCCUGUUGUUAUUAGUCGAAAUGAAAAAGAGCGUGUAUUGAUUGAAGGAUCAAUUAAUUCUGUACGCGUCAGUAUUUCUAUUAAACAAUCUGAUGAAAUUGAAAAGUUACUUUGCCGGAAAUUUACUCGUUUCUUAAUGACUCGUGCAGAAGAUUUCGUCAUACUUAGACGUAAACCUGUUCCUGGUUAUGAUAUCAGCUUCCUGAUUACAAAUUUUCACACGGAACAAAUGUCAAAAACGAAAUUAGUGGAUUUUAUAAUCACCUUUAUGGAUGAAAUUGAUAAGGAAAUUUCUGAAAUGCGUUUAGCAGUCAAUUCACGUGCUCGUCAGUGUGCUGAGGAAUUUUUGAAGGCGUUUGAUUAA